GAAGGGGGGCUUGUUGGGAUGCGGAGGACAGACAGCGAAGCCCAUCAAAUUCAGAUCUGCAGGUUGUAUUUGAGAGCAUCUCUGAGGAAGUGUCGAGGCCGUGUUUGACUCCAAAGGCGAGAAAGCCGCACGUGCCCCUGGCGGCGGCGGUCGGAGGUCGCGCGCAGCGCCAUCUGCGCGCCACACUGUAAGAAAUGCCAUCAACUCGAUCGGCGCUUUCAACCUGCCGUCAGGCGUCGGUUUAAGCCACAAGUGGCUUUGGUUGCAUUCACUUUUUAAGCAAGUUGUGAUGAGACUGGGAGGAGGUGUCCCGCGGUGAGGCACGACCGCCGCCGCGCCGCUGUCCUGGACGGAUUUUUUUUUUUUUUUUUGCAGCGUGCGGCAGCGGCGGCGCGUCCGAACGCGCCCUCCCCCCUCUUUUCUCUCUUUGAGUUUGUUUUUUUUUUUACACGCGCCGUGGACUUUCGCUAAAUGACAGACACUCCUAGCGGACGCGCGCGCCGAGCCAAAAAAAGCCCGCUGCCCAACUCCACCGGUGGGUGGAGGAGGGGGAGGGGGGGCGGACUGUAGACACCAGAUGAGAUUUGUUUCCAAGCGCGCACGCAUGGCGCUGUGAGGCGUUCGGAUGAGCAGGACGCACGGCGCCGCCGCUUCGUGGGGGCUGUUUUGUGCAUUUUCUCGUGGACCGGAUUCGCGUCCGGUGGAAUAAACAAAGCCAUGGAUUACUCCAUCUGCCUACUUUUACUCGUGUCAUCGUUUUCGACCACGUCCACCGGACUUUUCCCGUCGGCGCAGAUGAUAAAGGAGUGGGUGGAGCAGAUGCAGGAACAGCUGAUCACGUUAACGGACACAGCCAGCGGCAUGCAGAACCUAAUAGAGAUAUAUGAAGCACACAGAACUCACUUCACCGUGGAGAACAACAAUGCAGGCGAGCUCGUGGCCACAGCAGCUGGAAAUAUAGAGAGACUGCUGGCUAACCGCUCUGAAGCACUAAAGAGGCUGGCAACGCAUGCAGAGAGGCUUCAGAUGGACCACACGUGGAAGGUGUACAAGGACGACACAGAGGCUGAUAAAAUUGUUUACUACAAUGCCAAAGAUGACGGGAAUAAGACAGAGAAGAAGCGAUAUAUUCCAGAUGAUUUCCGCGUAGACCCUGACUUCAAGCGACUCGUCUCCUACAACACCACUGCCGUCCACAUUCCUACUGAUAUAUAUGAAGGCUCCACCAUUAUUUUGAACGAGCUAAACUGGACAGAGGCCUUGGAGGACGUGUUCCGGAAAAACAAGGAGGACGAUCCGUCACUUCUGUGGCAGGUGUUUGGUUCUGCCACUGGAUUGGCUCGAUACUACCCAGCGUCCCCUUGGAUUGACUAUAAAAUUGACCUCUACGAUGUGCGCAGGCGACCAUGGUACAUUCAGGGGGCGGCGUCACCCAAGGACAUGCUGAUCGUGGUGGAUGCGAGCGGCAGUGUUUCGGGCCUCACCCUAAAACUUAUUCGAUUGUCUGUGAACAAGAUGCUGGAAACCCUCUCUGACGAUGACUACGUGAACGUGGUCUUUUUCAAUGAGAAGGCCUUCAAUGCAGUCAAGUGCUUUCAGAACCUCGUGCAGGCCAACGUCCGCAACAAGCGCGUCCUCAAAGAAGGCGUGAAGAACAUCACCGCCAAGGGGAUCACCAACUACACGGCCGGCUUCGAGAUGGCGUUCGAGCAGCUUGCGCAGAAUGUGUCGAGGGCCAACUGUAAUAAAAUCAUCAUGCUCUUCACUGACGGAGGAGAGGAGCGGGCCGAGGAGUUCUUCAAGAAAUAUAACCCAAAGCAGGCGGUACGCAUCUUUACAUUUUCAGUAGGUCAACACAACUAUGACAAACUGCCAAUCAAGUCGAUGGCCUGCAAUAAUAAAGGCUAUUACUAUGAGAUCCCAUCGAUAGGUGCCAUAAGGCUCAACACCCAGGAGUACCUGGAUGUUUUGGGCAGGCCCAUGGUUAAGGCUGAUGAAAAGGCAAAAAAUGUCCAGUGGACCAAUGUUUACCUGGAUGCUUUGGAGCUCGGCUUGGUGAUCACUGGGACUCUGCCUGUCUUCAACAAGACAAAGACAGGACCAGGGAAAUCUCAGAACCAGCUCAUCUUGGGGGUGAUGGCUAUUGACGUCUCCUUGGAAGACAUCAAGAGACUCACUCCUCGGUUUUCUUUGGGACCUAAUGGCUACUACUUUGCCAUUGACCCCAAUGGAUACGUGCUGCUGCAUCCUAAUCUCCAGCCACUGACUGCCAAGUUUCACGAACCCGUAACGCUGGACUUUCUGGAUGCAGAAAUCGAGGAUGAGAUCAAAGUUGAGAUACGGAGGAAAAUGAUCGAUGGACAAAGAGGGGAACGCAAAAUACGCACAUUGAUAAAAUCUCAAGAUGAACGCUACAUUGACCAGGAGUGGAGAACGUACACCUUUGCACCAGUAAAGGGGACAGAUUACAGCCUCGCCCUGGUGCUUCCAGACUACAGUAUGCAUUACAUCCGAGCCACAAUCGGUGACACAAUCACACAAGCAAAAUUUUCUGAAAGCCUCCUGGCGGACAAGUUUGAUGAAUAUGGCUAUACAUUCAUUGCACCAAGGAUGUACUGUAAGGACCUGAAGCCUCCUGACAAGAAUGCAAACAACACAGAGUUCCUGAUGGACUUCAACAACUAUAUCGACACAAAGACUCCAAAUGACCCCAUGUGUAACGUGGAGCUGGUGAACCGAUUGCUUCUGGAUGCUGGCAUCACUUCAGAUCUCAUCAAGAUUUGGAAAGAGACCAAGUUGCAGCAAGGUGUCUUGGCCAGAUUUGUUGCCACUGAUGGAGGGAUCACCCGGGUCUACCCCAAAAGCGCCGGGACGAGCUGGAAGGAAGAAGCCGAGACGUACGAGUCCAGCUUCUAUAAGCGCAGCCUGGACAACGAUCUCUACAUCUUUACUCCGACGCCGUACCUCGCGAAGGAGAACGCAAGCGACGACUCAGUGCUGGUGAGCAGAGCAAUAGACCUCACUAUUGAUGGCGUCACACUGAAACCUGCUGUGGUCGGAGUGAAGUUGGACAUCAGCACUUGGAUGGCGAGCUUCACCAACACCAUGCAGAGGAGCAAUUGCAGUGAUGAAAUCUGUGGCUGUCAGAGAAACCACCCGUACGUGGACUGCUUCCUUGUGGACGACGGCGGCUUCCUGGUGAUGUCCAAUAAAGACGAGUAUAUUGAUCAGAUUGGAAGUUUCCUGGGUGUUAUCGACCCCUUCCUCAUGAGGAAUUUGAAUGACUCCUUGUUCACGCUGAAGAAGACCUAUGACUACCAGUCCCUCUGUGACCCCAAGAGGGAGAGCAAGGCGGCUGCAGGCCUACGGUCUGUUUAUGUGCCGACAAUAGCAGAUAUUUUGAAUUUAGGGUGGUGGGUGACAGCUGCAGCCUGGUCGAUGCUGCAGCAGCUGCUGGUCAGCAUCACGUUGCCCACUGUUCUGGAUGCAGCAGCUGAAAUGGAUGAUGAGGUGUCAGAUGCCAUGCUCAAGGAGGUCUGCAUCACCGAGCAAACUCAGAUCUACUUCAUGGACGGCAACCUGUCUUUCAGCCGCACUGUCGACUGUGGAAACUGCUCCAGGACCUACCAUGCUGAAAAGCUGCCCAAGACAAACCUGGUCUUUAUCAUUGCUGAUGCGAAAAUCACCUGCUUGACAUGCGAAGCCAAGGAGUUUAAGCAGGAGGAAGAGCCGUCUGACGGUCCCGAUCCCUGCGAACUGGCCCGGAACCCGCGCUACAGGAAGCAGUCCCAGUUCUGCUUCGACAGGAACGACCACGAUGAGGACAUGUGUCGAAGGAGCGCGGGCUCCCCGUUGGUUUCCUCUCCGCUCGUGUUACUGCUGCCACUGUUCAUGUGCUGUCUCGGGAAACCAAUAAAACUGACUGUGGAGGGGCGUCCGGCCUGAGCCCCUCGCUUUGGCUUCUGAUGGCUCUGCAGCUGGUGAUGCUCUGGGUUGUGACGGGCUCCAGACACCACGCCAUCCCAUCAUGACCCUGUACAAACUGGUCUCACCCUCUGUCCCGCUCCCCCCUCCCCCUUAUCUCCAAGAUGGCAACCAGCAUGCAAAGCUGCCACAGAAACCAUGAAUGCUCAGCGGGAGCCAACAGAAAGCCUGUGAGCCCGUGUUUUCUUCUCAUACCUUUCGUUUUCAAAGGUUUCUCACAGUGACGUCACCUGGUGCGAGGUUAAAGGCAACAGAACACCUCCUGCAUCCCUCUGGCGGCCCCUGCCAGCUCAGAUUAAAGGGAUCCAAAGAUUAAUUUUGAUUGGCGGUUUCCGAACUUUCUCUGGCGCAAGUCGCCUAUGGAGAUCAGACUGUAUCAGAGGGACUCGUAUCACAAUUUUCUGUUUAUUUGGAACACUGAGCAGCUUUAGUCUCUGCCAGAAACCGCGCCACCCUUUGCAGGAGUACCGUUUAUUUUGAAUCGAUUUGCAGUGGCUCAUUUUUAGGCAUGUGUUGCUUCGGGGGUGGGAUUUGGGCUGAGGUUGCUCAAAGACAAACGGCUACGUCCCAAUCUGUACGCCCUUCAUUUGCCUUAGUUGAGUUGUAGUCCGAUUUUUAGGUCGCACCACCCAGAACAUUCUCACAGCGCACGUGGAUAGAUGAGGAUGAUCCUUUGCAUGCUCAGUGGACAAAACCCCUAGUGCCAUGUGUGACUGUGCGACUCAGACAGAACCUUUAAGCUUUUAACUCCCGGAUGGAAAGACAUGUCUUAUUUAUUUAUUUCACUAUUUAUUGUAGUUUUGAAUGACGUGUCAGAACAGCACGCUGCUGUUUGUCACGGUUGUGGAGGAUAUGAGCAUUUGUGCUUGGGAUUUUAGUCAACAAAAGGAAAAAUCAAACCUUUCACUACUGGCAUGAAAUGACUACUAUCACGUCACACUUCCACCUGUAGAACAGGUCUUUGUCUACACGCCUGUGUAUUUUCUCAUCAGUUUUAGUUGAAACUGGAAACGAACUUCAGCGAGAUGAUUUCAAUUAGAGUCCUAGUGCCACAAGGCAUAAAAGUCACAGUCUGACUUAGUUUUCUCCCCAAAUGCACUUGCGGAGCUUUAAUAAAUCUGCCAAAAUGACAACAACACUUUUGACAGGACCAAAACAACAACAGCCUGAAAACAAUCAAGUGCCAACGUAGUGCUACUACUAAAGGGUUAGUUAAGAAUAAAGUAUGACUCUAAACUAGCAGCUGUGUUUUAGUGGUUCAUUCAUGUAUUAACACAGACAGGGAGGAAAUAAUGAAUCAAGCUUGAUGUAAAAACAUUUUUGUUUUGAUUUUUUAGAUUUCUCUUGAAUUUGACAAUCAAGCUUUUUAAAUCUCAUCUGCAUCCACUGAUGCUGUCUGUGUUAAAUGUACACAUAUGCAUGUUAAGCUGCAUUCAGAAAAGUCGUCUGUGGUUUUGUGAAACCAAACCGGAUGCAUCGCUACUGACGUAGACCCCUUUUUCUAUCACUAUCACAGCAGUUUGUGUGUGAUGGUGGUUUUUUAACCAUUACUCUUAAUGUUUUCUAUAACCUUCCAACUAAACAACGUGGUGACGCUUAAAAUAAUGGUAUUUAUGCUCCUUUUGCAUUUACUAACACUCAAGAAUAUCAAGUGCCAUAUAAAAGUCAUACUCUGGUGGAGAAAUAUAUUAUAGUCCUUGCAAUAUUUAAGCAUAAAUUUAGCAAGGCGAGGUGUAAGUCUGACGAGUAGUUUCCCUGUGCUGCAUGGUAGUGGCUGACAAUGUGUUUGAUGACAUAUCCAGUGUGCUCCUGCUUUAGUGUGUGAUGAUUCUGGGUGUCAAGCAUUCGUACAUGAACUGAUGAGACGUGAUCAGCUGCUACUGCCUUUCUCUUGGGGAGACAGCGUUUGGCUCCACCCUGGAGACCCCAUUGGGCCCCCCGUCCUCGUCUUCACUGUGACCGAAGGACCACGUGUGGGAUCUGUAGCGUCAACUACUGGCACUAGAACGCUUCGGCUGGAACCUUUUGACAAACGUGGGGGAACGUUGGAGGAGAACCCGGGGGCCGUUGUGUCCAGAUGUUCCGGACUACUCUAAGUGCUACAAGCAGAUGCUGUCACCUCAGGAAUUACCUACUCUCUGUGUGAUAUGAAGUGUUUUUCAUUCUGUUGGUGCUCUUCGUAUGGAUCGUGUGUGCGUUUCUGGGGGGUUGUGUGUGUCUCUUAGCUGACGCUCGACGGGCCUGUCGAUCGACCUUGGCAGGUGUCACUGUCCGACCUCUUCUACUAUGUGCUUUAUCACAUUGUGUAAAAACCUGUACAGCGCCGAUGUUGUUCUCAACCAAAAAGAACAUUGUUUCUAAUCCUGGAGAGGACAAAUGAUGUUUAUUCAUGUGUGAAUAAGGUAUAUUCAGAAUAAAAGUCUAUGAUUGCUA